GUGGCUUGAACCCCUCGCUUAAUUUUCUGCCCACAACUGGUAAUAGCAAACGCACGAACUGAACUUCCAUCUUUUCACUGACAACAUCAACCUUCGUCGAUUACCGUGUUUCCCCAAACAAACCGACGUCAACUCAGUCACAAUGGCGAAGUCCAAGAACUCGUCUCAGCACAACCAGUCGCGCAAGGCUCACCGUAACGGUAUCAAGAAGCCCAAGACCAACAGAUACCCUUCCCUGAAGGGAACCGACCCCAAGUUCCGAAGAAAUCAUCGACAUGCUCUUCACGGCACUAUGAAGGCUCUGAAGGAGUUCAAGGAGGGCAAGCGAGAGACGGCAUGAGGUGGUGGAUAAAUGGGUUCCGAGACACGACGUCGCGAAUGCGCAUCAGGGCACGAUUUGGGGUCAUUCAGGCAUGAUCAAGGAGUCAAGGUUAUGCAUUUGCUGCUUGUAUCCAGGCACAGUCUUCUACAAUGAAGUAGAAGAAGAGGUAACCAACUGAGUUACAUUCGCCAACGAAUUUCCUGCGCCUCUGCAAUUUUCUCCCUUCCGUUGCGCCCAGUAUAACCGUAAGUUGGACCAAUACGUGAUGACAAAAUGGCAUAUGUGUGUACAGUUCUAGGCCUACCCCAUGCCUAUCUACUGAAGGAUAUUUCUUCUCGUGCCAAGAGCAGUUCGCCAGUCAAUUACCAAACACUCGUGCUUCGACCUGCUCUAAGGCAAGAGUGCAUGGAGACUAGGCAACAUUCCUAGAUGGUCUAUUUUAUUUUGUCAAUGGACUCAUUGCAUCCCUAUAUACCGUAGUAUAUCUGCUUAAUAGGACAAGAUGUAGACAAGCUAAUUGUCUUGGGUUUCUGAAC